CGUGGAGAUCGUGGGUUCGCCCAUUAAAGUCGAUUCAUUAAUUAAACCCGUUAACGAUGCUUUGAACGGUUUUGCUUCUAAGGAGGUUGUUACAUUUCUAAAUGAUACAAGGGAAAGGCUUUCUCCUCAAUUUCAAUAUGGCGACAUGAAGUAUACAUAACCGUUCAUGCGGGCCAUAAAAAUAACAUUUUCAAAAUCGUCGUCCGCGAAAUUUCUGUAAUGUUUCGUUAUACAGCGAGCUCGUCCCUUCGUAAAUCCACGAAACCUUUCAGAAGGUGAGAGGAGGCCUGGGCUUUAAGUUUUUUUUUAGCUCAACUGAUUUGAGGUCAUGGAACCCUAACGUUUAGAUACUCCUUCGCUAAAAAAUGACCGACAGCCAAACGCAAACGGUCGAGUACCAGUGGGCAUACUCGAUAAUGGACUCGAGUCGGGUCUCGACCUUCCUGAUCUCGAUGCUGCUGAUCGUAUACGGGUCGUUUCGGAGCCUUAACAUGGAGCAAGAGGCGCGCGAUCGGGCCAGCGGCAGUACGAACUGUCUGCUGCACCCGGGAGCGCAAGGUCAGCCCGACAAUAACGUGCAGACGUUGGACACGAUGCAGGCGCUCUGUCUACCGUUGGGCGCGAGCAUUUCGUUGCUGGUGAUGUUCUUCUUCUUCGACUCGAUGCAGAUGCUCUUCGCGAUCUGCACGGCGAUCAUCGCGACCGUCGCCCUCGCGUUUCUCCUCCUGCCGAUGUGUCAGUACAUCACGAGACCGUGCUCCGACGGAAAUAAGAUCUCGUUCGGGAUGUGCGGUAGGUUUACGGGCGCGGAAAUUCUCUCGUUCUCCCUGUCGGUGUUUAUUGUUUGCAUUUGGGUGCUGACGGGUCACUGGCUGCUGAUGGACGCGAUGGGUAUGGGACUGUGCGUCGCGUUUAUAGCGUUCGUGCGGCUUCCCAGCCUGAAGGUGUCGACUCUGCUGCUGACCGGGCUGCUGAUCUACGACGUAUUUUGGGUGUUCUUCUCCUCUUAUAUUUUUAGUACGAACGUCAUGGUGAAGGUGGCGACACGGCCCGCCGACAACCCGGUGGGUAUGGUUGCGAGAAAGCUUCACCUGGGGGGUGUCGUGAAAGAGGCACCCAAGCUGAGUUUGCCCGGCAAAUUGGUAUUCCCCAGCAUCCACAAUACGGGACACUUCAGUAUGCUAGGUCUAGGUGACAUCGUGAUGCCCGGUCUACUGCUGUGCUUCGUCUUACGCUACGACGCGUAUAAAAAGGCGCAGGGAUUCGCGGGCUCGCGUCUGACCUAUUUUCACUGUUCGUUGCUGGGGUAUUUUUUGGGGCUGCUUACCGCUACGAUUAGUUCCGAAGUAUUUAAGGCGGCUCAACCUGCACUACUCUAUCUUGUACCUUUUACGCUGUUACCGCUCCUCGUCAUGGCUUAUCUGAAGGGCGAUUUAAGAAGAAUGUGGUCGGAACCGUUCAAGUCAUUAGCUACAUCCAAACAUUUAGAAGUGUGAUAUAGUUUGUAAGCGUAUUUCGUGUGUCAAAUGUGCACGUAAGGACAAAGUGCCCUUUGUUGACGAUUUAUUCUUACACGGCAGAAUUAAUUGUUGAUUGUACGAAAUUAUUUAUGUAAGAGUUACAUGACACGUACUUUAAGACUGUCUCGUAAUAAGUUGAACUAUCCAGUAUUUCUCGUAAGCUCUAUUUUUUCAAAAUCGGUUUGUAUUAAUUUGUAUACUUUUGUAUAUUUACCUCUUCGUAUAUGCGUUAGAACAAAGAGAUUUAGUUUAAAAUGGCACCGUAUGUGAUCUUUCUUAACGGUAAUUUUUUGUACAUUUUUUACAUGUUUUUAGUUUACAGUUUGUAGAAUUUGUAUUGUGAGCGAGUACCCGGUUAUCUAAAUAAAUGUAAAUAUUAAAUAAUAAAUUAGGGAAUGUC